GUGUGGAGAAUUAUUAUUUUAGAGGAUGGGGUAUGGCAGCAUGAUGAUUAUGUCUUUGUUUUGGGGGUGUGAAUGUAUGGUGUGUGGGUUGGUGCCGAGAGUGAGAAAGCUGGUUUGGUGAGGAAAGGAAAAGGAAGUGGAGUGUCAGAUCCACUCACACUUGUUUUUGUGUUUUUGCUUUUAAACAAACAUUGCAGUUCAGCACUAUGCGAAGGUCAUGAAGACUGUUAGAGAAAAGGCAGACUUGUUCUCAGAAUCUCAAAGAAUUCAAUACACCAUUCAAACAUGAACGCAAGAUAUUCCAGAUCCCCGAACAUAUCUGUUGACGCUGAGGGAAAUUCGAAUCAGGAGGGGCCUAACUGAUGAACUUGGUGCAGAGGCUAUGAUGAUGGAUGCAUUGGAAAAAAUUGAAAAAGAACUUAAGAAACCACUCAUGCGGAAUGACAAGAAGGGAAUGGGUCUUCUUAUGGCAGAAUUUGAUAAGAUCAAUAAGAAACUUGGAAUAAGGAGGGAAGAUCUGCCAAAGUAUGAAGAACAGUUGGAACUCAAAAUUGCCAAAGCACAGUUGGAGGAGCUGAAGAAAGAAGCUGUUGAGGCAAUGGAAACUCAAAAGAAGAAGAGGAGGAAGAAGAUGAGUUGCUGCGAGGGACGAACUCGGGUGCAGCGGCGGUACCAUCGACGUGGCAAAGGUGGCGUUGCAUGUCUGAAUAUGUGUGUGAUGUCCCUCUGUUGAGUGGUGUGUGUU